CCAACCGAGCUUGCAAUAUUUCGAAUUUUGCGGUUUUGUGUUCUUUAUAGAUUUUUUUCUUUACAAAUAAAAAAUCUAGAUUUUAAUAAAUAUUUAACCUAUGAUUAAACACGUAUAUGCGUUUUAAGUUCCUUAUGCAUCUUUCAAUAUUUACAUGUGUAAUUUUUUAAGGUGAUUACAGGACGUUGAGGAGUUUCAAUAUAAACUGUUAAAUGAAGAUUUUAGUGUAAAAGAUAUGGAAGCCGGUGACCACCUUGAGGAGCCCAAGUUUGGAAAUAACUGGGAGAUUUUCGAGGAUCACUUUAAUGAAGAGGAUGUUGAGAUUAGAGACAAGAGCAAGGCAAAUGAAAGUCGUAUAAGUACGACAAGUCAAUUAAGUACGACGGAUGCUAGAAAGUCCACGUUUCUGAAUGACCUUAACUGGUUUAAAGAUGCUUCGGAUGAAACAAAUAAGCAAAUAGCCGAGCAAACACUAGACGACCAAAUUAAAGAGGAGCUGUAUGACACAGAAUCAACGAUUAAAAAACCAGAUAUCGGACAAGAAAUAGAGAAGUAUGAUGUAAUACGAUGUGAACCAGAGAAAAUUGAACUGGAGACUGUUGAGAAAUGUGUCAAAGAAAGAGCAACCAGAGAAUCGAAAAUAAUCGAGAAAAUUAUUAAGGAAAGAGAGUCGAGCAAUGCAAGAAAUUCAAGAAAUUCGAAAAUAUUUGACAAAGAUACCAGGGAAACAGUUAAAACGGAAUGGGAAACAUUUGAUAUGAUUGUCAAGGAAACGGAAAUGAAGCUUGAAAAAGAAUCUAUAAAAUAUAAAAAUGAUACUGAUACAAAAACGGUUGUGAACAACGAAGAGUCUUUGGAAGAUUCUACAAAAGUCGGAGUACAAGCAGUGUCUUUACAAGGUAUUUACAACAUCAAGAAAAGCGAGGAGAAACAUACAUGCGAGAUUAGUGAUAUAUGUCAACUUACAGAUGAUAUUACAGUCAUCACUGAUGAAAAGAAUAAAUCUGUGAAGAAACUUGGCGUAAACUAUUUCAUUACUGCAUAUCUAAAACUUCUAGACGCUCCUUUUGGAAUAUGUGGAGUUGACAAGAAAGAGGUAGCUGUCACUAUAAGUUCUAAGAAAAAGGUUCAGAUAAUAUCUGUGAAGAAUAAGAUGACUUUGAAGAAAUAUUUUAAAGUGAGAGAUAUCUGUCGAGGAAUUACGCACCAUGAGGGGUUAUUCUAUAUCUGUUGCGGCGGCUCAUUUUCGGAUGACCACGACGAAUUGGAAAGUCAAGGUCAUCUCGGCGUAUACAGUAUAACCGGGACGUAUUUGUCUUGUUAUACGCGUGGAAUUUCGUUGCCGAGGUAUGUGUGCCUCAGCUACGACUUAACAAAAAUAUUCAUCACUGAUCAUUACAACGGGGUCAUAAUUCUCGAUUUGGACGGGCGUUUCAAUUCCCAGAUCAAUCACGACGCCUGUACGUACCCAAGCGGUGUCUGCUGUCUGAAAGAAGGACUUCUUUGUGUAACUCAUCAUCAAAGAAAUGAAAUUGUGUCGUUCGACGAAGCAGGGGUAAUCAACUUAGUAUUACUUGAAAGGAAAGAGGGCUUGGUUGCACCGAGAGCAGUCUGCUAUAAUUUCCAUAGGGCUAGGCUGAUAGUCUCUUCAAUGUGGGGUGAUGACACGAUCAAAGUAUUCAAUUUACAUUUGAACAAACCCAAGAUGUAAGGACAGUUACUUAUUGCUGUAUAUCUCUAUCGUCUACAUGUAUAUAGAUCGGCAUGUUUGUGUUCAAGACAAGAUCGCGUGUUCUUUAUUCGCAUCUCUAACGUUCAAUGUCUUAACAAAGUUAAUUGGACCGGAAAUUUCAAUUUUAAUAUACUUUAACACAUCAUGCAUUUGUAAUCAUUGUAAAAUAUUGGAAACGGUGUGAUUGUAAAUUGUAAUAAAUAUAUAACUGAACUCAACAUUAAUACGGAAAUACAAGUUUAACUCUUGUAUUUUGUAUUUCAAAUUGAGUGAUUCUUCAGAGAUUUCUUUUUUCUGUAAAUAAUUGUCAACAUGAUAAAGAUAUGUCUUCAAAGAUGUGCAUUCUUUUAAUUCAUAACAUUUUUGUCUAUGUUUGAGAAAUGACCCAGACGUCUGAAAAUCAUGACAAGCUGUCAUAUAAACCUAUUUAUACGGUUAUUGUAUAAAAAUACAAAACUUCUUUAGCUAUAAUCUUAAAAUACAUGCCACAAAACUAGUUAUUAUGCCAUUAACUAUAUGUACGUGAAUAUUUCGGCCUCGAAGCUAAGAACCCACC